CUAUUCCUCUGGCCGAGGGCCCGCGGCAAAAAACCAAAUUUUGGCGCAAAAGUAACAGAUUAUCUCAGGGCUUUCGGCACACGCAGUACGCGGAAAUCCUGGGAACGAGGUCGAGGAUGCGUGAGAAACCACGAGGAAUUAUUGUCGUUACAUUGACUAAAUGACUCUUUCGCUGUAUAUUGUUAUAUAGACCUUCGUUCAGCGUAUCCACAGCGUAGAAUCACACAUAUUAAAUAUAUCCACAUGAUGCUACGUGUUUUUCUUCCAAUACUGGUUAUCUUAGGUAAUUUUGCCUCGGCAAAAGAAAACAGUGUAUUCUAUGUUCUGGGAGGUGAUGGUAUAUAUGUGAUAGAUCCAGUCGCAAAACGUCUUGUUGCAAAAAUCACCAACACAACAGCACCGGGGCUGUGUACCAAAAGCAAUAACCGAGUGUCAAGAAACGACUGCUGGUUAAGUGAGGCUUGUGUUGUUGAUGAUGCGGUUUUCGUCGCAGACGCAUCAGGAAAUUCGGUGCACGUGAUUGAUUCCAAGACACGCAAGAAAAUUGAAACUAUUCCGACAGACCCGUUCCCCAUCGGCCUACACUGUCUGCUGUGGCGCAAGGAGGUCUGGGUACACUCAUGGAGUCUUUCCACGUUUGACAUCAUCGCAACAGAAAGUCGUAAUCGCACCCACAAGGCCGUGCGAGCUCAUAUAAAACCAGGUUGGACGCAUGGUUAUAUGGUUGCCGACAAAGAUUUGAACGAAGGAAAGACGGCUUUCGUUACACAUUUUAAAAAUCCCGGAAUCCACGAAUUGAACUUAGAAACGAAGACCUACACGAGUUUUCGUAACUUCUCAAAGUACGGCUGCACAGGAACCAUGGGCAUUGCCUAUAACGCGUACAACAAAUACUUGUUCGUGGAAUGUCAAAAAGGAUAUCGAAGUUUGGCGUUAGUUACACAAGACACUAGCGGGGGCAUUACAAUUAGUUGGAGUAUUCUCGGCGUUCCUUUUGUUUCGCCUAAUGGCCGGUAUGUUGUGAUCCUUCAUCGCAACACGAGUAUAAUGAAUAUUUUUGCCAUCGAAGGAUCCGCAGGAAUUAACAUUAAUGUUUACCCGAGACUUAGUAUCCCCGGUGGUGUAUCCCAUGCGGUUUUCUUCCCCAAGGGUAACACCUCGGAUAGCUACAACGUAUUCGUUACACUUGAUUACUCAAACAAAAUAGCGGUCAUUGACUUGAGUUUAGGAAAAAAAUUAAAUAUCUCUGACGUGAAAUACAUCGAAAACGUCGGCUUCCUCGACUCAACAACACACGGCGCAUCAAGAAACUUGUUUAUCAACAAUAAAUGGAUCAUUUCCCCGGCAACCAGAGACAAGGCGGUGGUGAUUAUUAAUGCAGAGACCCGAAAGAUUCAUGGGAAGAUUAGCGGAGUGAACGAAGGAACCUUUGCAGUCUGGGUUCCAGGGCGACCUCCAGCAACUACACCUCCAGCAACUACACCUUCGGCAACUACACCUCCAGCAACUGCUCCAGGAACGUCUGGUAAAGUUCGCCCGAGCUGUUUGAUUUUUCUUGUGUUUUUGUAUGUUUUUGUGCAGUCUUAAAACGGCUUCAAAAACCUUGAUGUAACACGGACUAUUUUUUCAAAGUAGGAAGAAUGUUAUAAUGUUUUCCGUAGACGUAUAAUCUAAAUUUUUCUGCCCAAAAUUUACACACAGGGUUUUUAACAAACAUUAGCUUAGAUUAGGUGGAAGAUUAGGUCGCGACCGCGAAGCGGGAGUGCGAUUUGUAAUCACGCGUUUGAUUUCACACCACAUUGCACUCCACUCAGUGCAAUUACCAUUAUUAAUCAUAUAUCUUGAAUAUAACGCGUGUAUGCCCGGGUUGAAAUCCUAAGAAUAUUGGAAUUACGUAUCUGUCGCUGUUGUCCAUGGGAAACAUCAUACAUUGUUUUCGACUAUUGUGAGGCCCCUGACUGAGGCACUAUCAAUAUGGCAGACUGUCCAAAUAUUUACUGUGAUAUGUUAAACAUACUUGCAGGAAAGUGUGUCCGGAAUCUACCAGGUAUGUUUGCCAUGUCCAGAAAGUUUCGCAUUGCGGAAUUUGUAUUACAUUCUUUCUUGUUCAGAAAACGAACAUUUUAGUCGCACGAUAUAGUCAGACGUCGGAUCAUUUCGACGUUGAAACAACCACAAUUAUCAACGUUGCAACGUCCGUCACUAUUUACGAAACAUGCAGUAGAAACCAAAGUGAGCAAAA